AUGAACCGAUUCCUGCCAAUUCUCUUCGUCCUCGGUCUUUUCUGCUUGCUGCCAGCCAUCGAAGCGAAAUGCACGUCGAAACCACCGAAGAACCACGAUGCUAAGUGGUGGGACACCCCAAGAAAGAUUUGUCGAGCCGAAGCUGUCCAUGUUUACGAUAUCGUAUGCCACGAGCCUGAGCCCGGUCCGGGAGCCGAUGCCUCCAAUAAUGGAAGCUGUCUACACCUGGAAUAUGAUCUGCCACGGUCAGCCUCCGCCCUCGUCCCUGGU